AUGGACAGCCUGGGUGGCCCCAGUAAUAAACGCAAGAUCGAAGUUAUCGAUAUCACUGACGCCGACGACGACGCCUAUAAUCCGAGCCCCGCAAGGCUCCGCAAAGCCGCGGCUACCAUUACGUCCGAAUCACAAGUCGAGUACAACAAUGAAGCCGAACAAGCGUCCGGCCAAGAGGUAGACGACGAGAUGGAGCAAUUUGGAGUUACAGACAUCGAAAUAGUGGCCACCAGAUACUACAACGGUAUUGCGACUCUGGGAGAACAGGUCAUCUUGAAGCGGGAGCCCAAUAAUGCGUUCGAUAGGAAUGCGAUCCAGGUUGAGAAUGUUUCCGGUGCUACGAUUGGCUAUAUCCCCAGCUGGUUCGCUGUGCAGUUGGCCCCACUGAUCGACAGGAAUAUAGUACAGAUUGAAGGCAUUAUCUCUAUGACCAAGCAUGAUGAUAUGCGCGUCAGCAUUAUCUCUAGCACCAAGGAUGAUAUGCGCGUCCGCAUUGGAGUGCUCAUCACCACUGACCCAACCCGCCGAGAGGCGUGCAUCAGGGAAGCCGAAUUGAUUCCCAACAUAUGUCCUUCCAGCACUAGAACGCGCGACACGAUACAUUACCCGGUAGGACAGGCAGGGCCCUCAAACCAAACUGGCGUUGGGGAUGAGUUCCAGGCUGCCGCACAAGCCAUGUCCGAGCAAACCCUCUCUGAACUUCCUUCUGCGUCGCAGCCUCGAAGACUUGAAACCUUCCUACUGCCAUAUCAGCGGCAAGGCCUCGCAUGGCUGCUGAAGAAGGAGCACCCAGUGCUCCCCACCUCGCCCGAGGAGGUCGUCCAGAUGUGGUCCGUCUUGGACCAGUCAAAGAAACUGUACCAGAACGUCGCUACCAUGUUUACGACCGAGGAGCCGCCGUUCCUGGCAAGCGGCGGUGUGCUGGCGGACGACAUGGGGCUCGGCAAAACACUGCAGAUGAUCUCACUCAUCGUGACUGAUCCCGCAGAAGAGCCAAAGCUAGUGCCGGCUCCACUGAAGAUGGACGGGUGCACGGGUGGAACGCUGAUUAUCGCCCCGCUCAGCGUCAUGAGCAACUGGGCGAACCAGAUUGCGCAGCAUGUCUCGAGGAGGACACCGCUGAAGGUUUAUGUCUACCAUGGGCAGGGGAGAUCGAGGCCCAGUCUGAAGGAUUAUGAUAUCGUGAUUACUAGUUACGGGACCAUCACGUCCGAGUUCAAUGCCCGGAACGGCACCCUCAACUCGAUCGUGUGGCGACGCAUCAUCCUCGACGAAGCCCACUACAUACGCAACCCCAAGGCCAAGUCGAGUCUGGCCGUCUCGGCCCUCGACGCCAAAAGCCGCUGGUGCCUCACUGGCACCCCAAUCAUCAACAACCUCAAGGACCUCUACUCGCUCGUCCGCUUCCUGCGCUACUCCGGCGGCCUCUCCGACCUCAGCAUCUACAACAGUGUCAUCACGCGCGCCAUGAAGCGUGACCUGGCCGGCGACAAGGAGCGCCUCCAGGCACUCGUCACCGCACUCUGCCUCCGCCGCACAAAGGCAAUGGCCUUCGUCGACCUGCGCCUGCCCAGACUGACAAGGCACGUCUACGCCGUCAACUUCUCGUCCGAGGAGAAGGCGAAAUACGAGCUCCUCUCAAAGGAGGCGUCAGGCCUCCUCCGCAGAUACAGCCUCGACGAACCCGGACAGGAGGUCUACCGUUUCAUCCUGGAGCUACUGCUCCGCAUGCGGCAAGUGUGUAACCACUGGAUGCUGUGCAGCGAGAGGAUCCAGAGCUUGAUGCACCUGUCGGGGAAGAGUGUGGUGGAUCUGACGCCCGAGAAUAGAGCGGCGUUGCAGGAUAUGUUGCAGAUUGCGAUCGACUCGCAGGAGGACUGUGCCGUCUGUUUGGACGCACUGCAUGAGCCGAGAAUCACUAUAUGCAAGCAUGUCUUUGGGCUGGAGUGUAUCUCGAAGGUCAUCGAGGUGCAGCAGAAAUGUCCCUUAUGUAGAGCGGUACUGUUGACGCCUGAGUCGUCACUUGUUGAGCCGGCAGUCGAAGACGAGGUUAGGGGGGCGCCGGUCGAAGAGAAGGAGCAGAUCGGCUCUAAACUCGAGGCCCUACUGACCAUCCUGAACAACACCCGCAACGCCGACCCCACUGUCAAGACCGUCGUCUUCUCCCAGUGGACCAGCUACCUUACACUCCUCGAGCCCCAGCUGCGUGCCCACAACUUCCGCUUCGCCCGCAUCGACGGGUCCAUGAGGCCUCGCUCCCGCGACGACGCCAUCGACGCGCUCAACAACGACCCCAAAUGCACGGUCCUCCUAGCGUCGCUCGCUGUCGCCUCCGUCGGGCUGAACCUCACCGCCGCCAGCCAGGUCGUGCUGUGCGAUAGCUGGUGGGCCCCGGCCAUCGAGGACCAGGCCGUCGAUAGAGUGUAUAGACUGGGCCAGAAGAGGGAGUGUGUGGUGUGGCGCUUGAUUGUCGAGGGCACGAUUGAGGAAAGGGUUCUGGAUAUUCAGGAGAGGAAGAGGAAUUUGGUCAAGACGGCGUUUGCGGAGAGGAAGAGGGAUGCGAGGGAGACGAGGGAGACGAGGAUUGCGGAGUUGAAGAUGCUGCUGGCGUAG